AUGAUGAUUCUAAGUCUUGGAUAUGCGGAAAAAACAUUCUGCCGCUCGGACUACCAAGUUCCAAUGCAAUAUUACGUAUUCGGUGGGGAAACUUUUGAGGAGAGCAACUUUACCGGAAACUUCGCUGAAGUAAAAAGUGUUUUGGAACAGACUAAGCUUGUUGGGAACAGGAAUAAAACUACUGGAUUAUUAAUGCUAGAAGGUGAUGCCAUUAAUAGGAAGGUUUUGAGUCUGGUCGCUCACCAAGGUUGGGAAAUUCGGUGGUUUGAGAUGCGAGGUUGUACUACGGCGAUCGCUGAAAUAGACCUUCUGUCGUUUAUCGACCAUCAGCGCCGUUUAGUGAAACAGUGUGACAUUGAAAUAUUCCGCAUUCAAGAUGGAAUCAUCAAUAACAUCAUUACUAAUCGUCUACUUAGAAAACUUGCAACCAACAGGCUUUAUUUCGAAAUCCAAUUACAGAAAUCUUGCGCUGCAAGCCUUACGAAGAUAGCAGUCACAGACGACUGUCUGAAAUCAAUCUUGAAGCCAAACAUAAGGUGCCUGUUUCCACUUCCUUUGUCUACUGCGAUAACUACUUCUGGCAUUCAGGAAGCACUUGAGAAAUUUUUUUCGACUAGCUGGGAAUCAGAAAAAGUGGAAACGUCGGUGUUUUAUUCUGAAAAAAAUCGCAUGAUGACAAGGCAAGGGUACUACAGUUGUGAGCUGGAGUUACAGAUGGGUCCCGAAAUCAGUUUGGCUUCAGUGGCGUCUUUGACUUUCAAUAAUGUCCAGACUAACUGCUUCUGUGAUGAUGGGAAACGAGUCGGAGUGGACGAAUUGGUUUGUUUUUUUCCGUUGUUCCACUUCGGUGAAAUCAGUUAA